AUGCAGGGAAUGGAAGUUCAGCCUCACAUCAGGCUCCGCAAGGGCCAGGUGGAGCCGGUGGUUAUCGUGGUUGGGGACCCUGCGCGAACGGAGGAAGUCGCGAACAUGUGCGAGCAGAAGGAGGAGUUGGCGUACAACCGUGAAUAUCGAUCUUUCAGAGUCGUGUACGACGGCCAGCCCAUCACUGUGGUCUCUCACGGUAUUGGUUGCCCGGGCACUUCGAUUUGCUGCGAAGAAUUGAUCUACCUGGGUGCUAAGGUGAUCAUUCGCGCGGGAACUUGCGGAAGCUUGAAACCGACGCUGAAGCAAGGAGAUGUGUUCGUUCCCUUUGCGUCGGCACAAGAGACCGGUCUCAUCACGCACCUCUUGCCCGCGGGUUUCCCGUGCGUCGCCUCCCCACAUGUGUACCAAGCGCUGACAAACGCCGCGAAGGAAGCCAACAUCGAGGUCGCCUCCGGCGUUGGCCUUACACAGGACCAUUUCUACGCGGGCCCUAUCCAUGCAGCGAAUUGGGAAAUGUGGUCCAAGUGCUGCGAUACUAUCGACAUGGAAACUGGCGGUAUCUUCGGUCUUUGCCAAGCACGUGGCAUCCAAUCGGGCGCCAUCCUUGCUGUAGACGGGUCGCCACUCAAGUGGGACGAUGGUGACUAUGACGCAACCGGAGCGACGACGCUGGCUGGCAAACAGAAGAUGAUCAAGAUUGUUCUCAAGGCGUGCGCAAACCUUCGUCGUGAAUAUCCGGCAAACUAA